AUGGAUCGAUAUUCUAAGAUCAGUAAGCUUGGCGAGGGAACUUACGGAGUAGUGUACAAGGCUCAGAACCGCGAGACGGAAAGUACACCACAACUGAUAAUACUAGAUAUUUGUGGCAGAAGUAUUUGUAGUGAACCCGACGGCCAUUUGGUUCAAAAACACAAAGCCUAG